CAGCCGUUACCGUUGUGUCAUAAAGGUGGAGGUGUCGAACAUGUUCGGACGGGUUCGCCGCGGUUCAGAAACUCAAAUCGGAGGAUAAGUGGAAAAAGUGCACUUUUUCCAGUGAUUUAGUGGAACCAAUCGAAAUUCAUCCAAGGGUGAUUCCAGAGGUCGCAUUUGAAUUACGUCGCUUGAGCAACCUACGAAUAUGCAAGCGGCAUUUUGCUGCAUGAAGCAAUUCCUAACUAGGCUGACAAGUGCGAAAAAAUCAAUGGAGAAUAAUUAAUCAGAAGCAAUCAGAAAACGUCAAAAUCGAUUCGAUGCUCCAAUCCGGAAGACUGUGUGUGUCUGUGUGCAUUGUUUUAUUUUUCUUUUCAUUCUCAGCACAGUGUUGUACGGUGGUGAUAGUUUGUUCGCCUAUUCGAUGUUCCGCUCACGAACACCAGAGCCGCUCCGAGCAGAGGUGAAAGAAGAAAACAACAAUAACAACACGACGAACGCAUAGCAGCAGCCAGAAUAUGAUACGUUCAUUUACGCACUGAUACUCUUGAUUCACCUCACAUUCUCCAGUCAGGAAAGAAGCAGUGCUGCUAUUCGAACUGGUUUUUAACUGAUACUAAUUUAUACAGCUCUUAUCUCGUCCAUUUAAUCCUAAUCACCACUGCAAUACUCAUUCUGGAAAAAAACGAGCCUGUGCUGCACGGUUCUCAAACUAUUUCUUCACGUUGCUGAUGUCGGUCAGGUCGUAGUCGUUCAUUGGCUCGCUCGCAAGAAGAGCCGUUUUCACCGCUAACCAGUUUUGCUUUAUUUGGAAAGUAGCCAUCAAAUGGAUUGAUUCUCUGUACGGACGAUGUAGUGGACUCAAUUAGGAGUCAACGCGAGAGGACAACGAAACUGCAGGGUAUAUAACGUGAAAAAGGUUGAGUAAAACAAAAAAAGGCAAACCACACCAGUAGUGAAAUGAUCAAGCGUAGAGAAAAUAGUGCGACUGUGUGCACCACGGCAACGAUGUAGCGAGAACAAGUGACAAAAGAAUUGGAAAUAAUAAAACACGACCAAAGCAGAAAAAACGGUUCCAGGCGCGCGCGAGGCAUGUCGGUAGCUCGUCUCCUCAGUGCAGGCACGGUUGGAAGGAAGGUACGCGACCAGGCAGCCAGCAAGAGUCAAGAGCAAAGUGCGAGCAGAGCAUACAAGCUCCGUACGAUGAUCGUUUCCAUUGCAUAAACAUACAACCAAGAACCGGACCAGACUGAAAACGACAGAACCUCUGCCAAAUAAAUUCCAGUUUUCCGUCGACCAGUUAAGCAGAUAUAGUAUCUCUUCGGAGAAUGGUGCUUAUGUUUGUGUGUGGAUAAUGGUGUGGCAUUUUAGACCAGUGCAACACUAACCAGGUACUCCGAACGGGCCAACGCAGCACGAGCACGGACGAGUUGAGCUUUCAAUCAGUUCGCCUUUGAUGUGUACUUUGAAGAUUCGAACCCGCUGCUGGAGUGCUGCUGGCGGCAGCGGUUGACAGAGGAGCCGAAAGCCGAAAGUGCAAACGAGCAAAAAGAUUCUUGCGGUGCCCUCUUACCAUUACAGCCCCUCUCCCACCUCCCUCUCCUCCUUCUUCCCGCGCACAGCAUGGGCCGGGAACGAGAAAUGGAAAAUUUACGUUUAUUAGCAGCAACAGCAGCAGUGAAGUGUUGUGUGAUUUUUGUUUCGUUGUAUUGUGAACGAUAGUGAUAGUGGAAAAGAAAAGGCAAAAGCAAAACCGAAAAGAACAACAAAUCUUAUCAUCGCCCAAAGCGUAAUAUGCAUGUAUCAACAACACACUCAACAAGCACGAGCUACAGCAGUAACAACGGCAGCAACAGCAGCGAGCGAGGUGUGAACUUAGUGAGUGACUCUGCCUCACGAGCAGCAGCAGCAGCACCCGGUCCCGUGUCGACCUCGGCAAACCCGGACAGCAGUCAGUACCGUUACCGGCGACAGUCGACCAGCAGGGCUACUCCCAGCGGCGGUGAUGAUCAAGGUCAUCAGCAGCAACAGGAGCAGCAGAAACCACAUCCACAACAUCAUCAUCAUGGUGCAAUCGUAACUACAGAAUGUGAUACUGAAGCGGAGAUUCCGGCCUCUGUCAUCAGCAGCGUUGGCACGGUGAACUAUCAGCAAUCGGCGGCCGCAGUAAGGCAGCUGUACGUUGUGGCACCGGUUGGCUACACCGGCGAAACGAACCAAUCUAAUCCUGCCGCAGCCGCCGGCAACGAUGUGAACGGGCAGCAGCAACCCUUCAGCAGUGCCAGCGAAUGCGCCAAUCGCUAUCCCCCCAGCGGUAGUAAUAGCAGUAGUAGCAAGCAGCAGAUUACGACUCGCAACACCGUCUGUCUCGGCAGUAGGAUGUUAUCGCAUACCAGCAUCUCCGGUGGUGGAUCCUCGACUGCUCAGAACUCAGCUACGGUGGCGGCCACAACUGCAACAUCCAUGGCAGCGGCAGCGGCCGCCAUAGUCGGAACGGCCAAUACUAGCAAUGGAAGUACAAAUCAACCUCGCCAGCAUCCGAAGAAACGAAAGUUCGAUCUGGCUGAACUCGAGGAAAUGGAAUCCCACCGGGGCAGUACGGGAUCGGUUGGUCCUUUACCCGUGGACACAGGAGGCGGAAUGCAGCAGAUGAACGGGAGCAAUACUAGUAACAGUAUGGCCAAUAAUAGCAACACUAGUGGUAAUGGGAAUGCAGGCGUAACCAAUGAGCAUUCAGAAAUGAAUGAAACAGUUUCAUCCGGAUACGCCGAACGAACCGGAAGUAGGCCAACUUCGCCUGCAUCGGCCAACAGCAAUAGUGCCAACACCUUAGGUGCAAUAAUAACCGUCACCUCCAUGGCAUCGCACCAUCCUGUUCCGAUGGAUGAAGGUUGUGGUAGCCCCAGCAGUGGCAGUAACAACGGUACUAUCAGUGGAACAAGGCCUCAACAGCAGCACUACAGCAUGCCAUGUAACGUACAACAGCAGCAGCAGCCACAGCAUAGACAAAUUUUCUCAUCCGAUUUGGGACGUCCACAGCCGCAACAGCCGCCUAUAGCACAGACACUGAGAACCGUGGAUGGCUACUAUGCAAAUAAGAAAAUUUACACCAGUGUUUCCUACGGGUCCCCGAACAACAGCUACAAAUCGACUGCUACUCCACCAAGCACCAUAGCUUCGGCAGUUCAACUCCAGCAGCACCAGCAGCAGCAACAUCAUCAUCAACAGCAGCAGCACGUGAGAGCCUCACCAUCGUCCCUCCAACAGCAACAGCAACAUCAAACGACAAUUUCCCCGCCCAGCAGUACUUCUUCGGAGUCGGUAUCGCAUUUCGUUAGCAGCACGCCCCCGGUAGCGAGCUUCAACGCCAUAACAACUACCUCGGCCGGUACUCUUACAUCUACUCAUUCGCUAUCGUCGGCAUCCGUUGCCCCUUCGAGUGCGGCCCCGUCGAGCCUGAUCGAUCUGAGUGACUGGUCCAACCACUACCGGGUGCUGGCGAAACGGAAAGAUUGCUACGAGUCCGGUGUGAUACGAGCCAGCUCUUCGUCGAGUACGGUGAUAGUGCAGUUUGAUUACCCAGAGGGUAGUCAACAGGUGUACGGUGAUGUGUUCGGCGCUGGUCGCUAUGACAUCAUCGACGACGCCUGCCCUUCUGCAUCGGACGUGGUACCCGGAUGUCGAGUUUGUGUACGGGCUCGAACUGUUCCAGCGCAUCCAGCGGGGAACGUGUUCGUGGAGGCCAUCGUCAAAGAAAUGCAAAACAACACAAAACAGUUUUCAGUACAACUUAUUGGGCCGGGCAGUAAUGCUCAGGAGAUUAAACUGGUAAAAAGGGUAGACAUUCGAUUGCUGAAACCUCCCUGGUGGGAUGAGCUAGAAGAAAUGGUUGAAGUCGUAGAGGGCGGUAGGAAUCGUGCUCAGCAGUCUACAGCCGGCAAACUCGCUACGACGACAGCUUAUCACAACUCCGAGGGAAUCGGAUCCAUUUCAUCGGCACCUACAAAUGCCAUUAUGUAUAGUCAGAACAGCAUUCCCGGGGCCGGUGUGGGUUCCAAUGUACAAUAUAAAGCCAUCAGCAUAACACAAGGACGUGGUGUAGGCGCAACAGCAACCUCUACUUCCCGUUAUGAGCCAGGUCAACAGCAGACACAUGUGCCAUUACAAGUAUAUCAGAUACUUCCGACGCUACACACGAACGAGGAGCAUUAUCGAACGGCGGCAACAUCGCCAUUUCAAACAAAUCAACUGAACAGUGCGGUUGGCGGAAGCAGCGCUGCAGAAGGUCAGUCUACAACACUGGUUGCAAACAGUCACUAUCAGGCGCAUCAUUUGGCGCCGCAACAACAGCAACCACAGCAGCAGCAGCAACAACAACAGCAUAGCAAUAACGAACUAAUCGCUCCCGGAGGUUCAAACAAAAUAUCUACAUCCGGUAGUCCUGACGAUUUGCGCAACACAAAUCGAACGUACUAUGACUACGAAAGUGACGAUGAACUACGCAGAGAGGACAUCAACUUUCCACUGGAUGGUGAAAACGAAAAAUACUCAGGCAGUAGCAAACGCAGCAGCAUGCAGAGCCGUGGCAGUACGUCCAGUUUGCUGGACCAGCGAAGUACUCCUAGAUCUCAACCUGCAACUCCAAGAUCUCAGGCGGAAACGCCCCAUCGUUUCAAGAAGGGUGACGUGGUGUGCACCCCAAGUGGCAUCCGGAAGAAGUUCAACGGAAAACAGUGGCGACGGUUGUGCUCGAAUGAAACCUGCAUGAAAGAAUCUCAGAGGCGUGGCUACUGCUCGCGGCACCUUAGCCAGAAGGGCAACGCACUGCGGUCCUCGACCGGUUCAACGGCAAACCAUUUCAAUAGCAGCAGUCGCUCCAGCAGUAAAACUCAGUUGGAUGAAGACACCUCCCGGGAUUCGGAAACUUCCCCAAACUACCGGGUAGCCGGCAGGUUUGAUCAGGAGGAGACGGACGUAGCCAAUAUGCUCGUGUCCCUGAGCAGUUCCCGGUCAGCCACACCGUGCAAUUCUUUCUCGUCACCAACGGGUCACGCAUCGUCGCCGUUGGCCAGCACAACUCAGUCACCGGUUACGAUCGGCAACCGUCAGAAUGUGUUCAUGCCCAUCGGCAGUCCGGCGCCGUCCUCCUCCGAUCAUCACAGUAAGUUCAAAACCAACACUCCUAGUCCGAUUAUGUACGGAGGUGGAGGGCUGGGUGGAACCGGAGGACCACCAGGUGGCGGUCAUGGAAUGAACCCCACCGGUUUACUCGGUGUCCCCGGUGGUGGUGGAGGGCUUGGCCAACAGCAACCACCUCUAAUACGGCCCGAGCUGCUGAGACCUGCUCAGCCUCCACCCCAGCAGCAGCCGAUCGUUUCGCUUCCCCCUACUGGUCACGCUACCAGCGUGAUUCGGAUAUCGCCAGCGUCGUCCCACGGUUCCCAACACCCGGGACUAUAUUCUUCCUUUCCAAGCCAACAGCAGGUAAUAGUAGAUCCGGCCCAACAAAGUGGGCCUCAUCCGCAGCAGCAACAGGCACAGCAUUUAUCACGAUUACAGGCCACGGCUGGCGGUCAACUCAUUCAGCCCCAGCAAACGAUCCAGAUCCAACAAACGAUCGUCCAACAACAGCCACAUCUGGCGGCAAUCCCACAGCAGCAGCAGCAGCUACAUCAACCAGUGACCGUGCCAAAAAACGGCAUUAGCACGGGUUCCAUCUUUCAAUGGCAUACAUUACUUCCGAUAAUCCAAGCUCCGGCCUCGAAAACGUUCGUCCACCACCAUCAGCAGCAGUCGGGCUAUUCCCCAGCCCAGCAGCCAACGGCCACGAUGAUUGCAUCGCCGACGGUCAAAAUAUGCACUCCACCCCCGUCGGAGCCGGCUGUCGACGAUGAUUGCGACGACGAUCAGGGAGAUGAUGAUGUUUUUGAAGCAGAGCCCGUGAAAACUACCUACAACAAUACUAACAAUAACAGUCAACUGGCCGGGAGAGACAACUAUCAAAGCAAUAUCGGUGCUGGGAGCGUUGGUAAUCACCUACAUCGCGAAAUGGACACGAAUGCCGGUGCGUCUGGUCCGUUCCCGAAUCAGCCCCAGGCAAGUGGAGUAGCAAACAGUAAAGCGGAAAAUGAUUCGCUAGUCAAGCGACGCACACAGUCCUGCAGUGCCGCGCUGCAGGCAGCCAACAGUAGUGCUGGAGGACCCCCAACGGUGGCUAAGGAACCGCAGAGUCCACUCAACAAGAAAGAUCCGAAAAUUCGUCGUCCAAUGAACGCGUUUAUGAUCUUCUCGAAAAGACAUCGCGCUCUGGUACACCAGAAGCAUCCUAAUCAGGAUAAUCGAACUGUCAGCAAAAUUUUGGGCGAAUGGUGGUACGCUCUCAAGCCGGAAGAGAAAACAAAAUAUCACGAACUAGCCAGCGAGGUAAAGGAGGCCCACUUCAAGGCGCACCCCGAAUGGAAGUGGUGCUCGAAGGACCGUCGCAAAUCAUCCUCAUCGACUAAGGACGGUCGUGGUCGGAUGGAUUCCUUCGAUGGAAAUGAUUCGUUCGACGAAAAAAGUCCGACCACUCCAAUGGAGCCUGGUCCCAGUAACCAAAAUGAUAUCAUUCCGACAACCAUUGCCCCUUACAACAUCGUUCAUCCUGAGGAUGCAACCGAUGCCAACCGUAGCGGUGCUCUUACAGCGGACGAUAACGGUGUGGAAAAGAUGGAGCAAGGCGACGACGGAGCAGCAUCCGACGACGAUCAUCAGAUGGUCAUCGCGGAGGAUUCCGCCGGGUUGCAGCCCAUUGCCGAGACGGUCGAAAUUGAUCUCAAGUGUGCCGAAAAGGUGAGCGAUUCGGACGUGGACGAUGGAAAUUGUGGCAACCAGAACGUCACGGUCGGUGACGAAAAUGAGUACCAUAAAAGGCAAAAGGUUUCAAAUUCGAUGGCACCGUCCCUGCACUCGAACGACGGUAACCAAACCGUUCCGACCGAUUACUCGAAAACGGCGACGGCACCGAUUGCGGCCGGCUGUGGUAACAACAACAAUAGUAGUAGUAGUAGCUCGGCUCCAACAACCCCGUCGGAUCCACUAACGUGCAAGCCCAAACCGAUAAAGGCAGCGUUGCUGCCACCACCAGUUUCGCACCAAUCCGGGGUGGUGGGUCCGAUCAGUACGGUGCACUGCGAAUCUCCAGCUGGUGGUCCCGGUGGUAUGUUACACCAUGGUUACCAUCAUCAACCUCUUAGCUACUCGUACGGUAGUCCGAAAAACCCGGUCGGUGUGUCGCCGUUUCAACCCACUGGUGGAGCUUUUAAAACAAUGCCUCAGAGUCCGAAGACUAUCGCGAAGCAACAGGACCAAUACCAGACGGUCUCAACUCCGACUACCAUCAAAACCGAGCCUGCGGACGUUUUGUGCAAUAACAAUAACAACAUGAACAAAGCUGCGAACGGGGAAAUUUUCAACUUUUCAACCGCCUCGAUUAAAGAACUGCAGCAACAACAGCAACAGCAGCUCGUUUCGGCAGACAAUAAAUGUAAAUCGAUCAGUUUAAAUCCCAUUUGCUAUACCAUCAGUUCGAAUGUUAAUGGUAAUCCUACUAACAACAAUGCUACCAAAACGAGUACUAGCAGUGCUAACGCUAACCAUACCAGUAACACCAUACUGAUGAGCAUGAAACAAGUUUUGCCAUCGCCAUCGGCAUUAGGCCUACAGCAUCACCUUCAACAGCAGCAGCAACAACAACAUCAUCAUCACCAACAGCAACAACAACAUCAGUUUGGCUCCGGCGAAAAUGGCGGAACAACUGCUAUACUAACGCCCAACCAGCUGCUAGCCGCUGCGGCCGGACGGCAAAAAUUUAUGCUGGCAGUCAACGCGAACAACUCACAGUUUGCAUUCGUCCUUCCCGAUAGCCAGCAGUACGCUCUUAACGACCGCUCGAAACUGUAUGCCAAUGCAACUUUAUCCUCAGCCACUUCUUCCUCGCUAGUUGCUUCCUCUUCUGCGCCAUCCUAUACCUCUUCCUCGACCACUUCCGCUGUUUCAUCAGCCAAUUCCACAGUACCAGGAUUAUCAGCUUCAAACGCUUACGCACUAACCCCAUCCGCGAUGAUGCAGGGACAGCAGUUGAAGCCAGCCAUAUCGACAAGUACAACCGCAACCCUUCAACCAGUACAAUAUUUGAUACAGGGAAAGAUACCGAAUCUUUUGAUCUCUGCCGCCACACAGGGCUACCAACAGCACCAGCAACCGCCUCAGCUUAUGAGCAUCAAACAAGAACCGCCGGAGUCACCUGGUGGCAGAAAUCUGCCUGCCACACCCAAUUCCUGCUCCUCGAGCACGCUGCUAGCCUCGGCAGAACUGGCGGAACAGCAGAUAGCCGUUCCGGCAGGAGCAGCAUCCGAUGAGACUGACGAUGAUUUCGAGGCUCCCGAAAGCAAAAAGUUCAUUCUCGCCCCAACACCGGCUCAGCUCGGUCGGGCUCCCUUGCAACGACGGCAGAUGAGCACCAGCAGUACCAACAGCAACGGCGGAAAUUACACUACCAAUCAAACCAGCGUCAUCGGAGGAGACGGUCGUGAUGAAUGCAACAACGGACCCUCGUCUCAACUGCCAUCCUCGCUGCCAACGCCAACUUCGGCUUCAAUGGAUGACUUCCAGAGCCCGCAGAUUUCGCCAACCACCAAAACGAAGAAUUUCUUCAAGAAAGUUAAACCGGAUGAUAUGGACAACGUACUCCGCCAGGUUGAUUUCGAGAAGAAGUUUAAAACAUUACCCCAGUUCAAACCAGAGGACUGCCAGUCGCCCAGUGCAAUCUCAGUGCCAUCGUCACCCCGGGUGUUUACCCAAAACUAUCGUAAAAAACAAUCCCAACAGCAGCAGAAACAUCAAGAUCAGCUUAAAACGCCACUGGAAGACGAACAUCACCAGCAAACGCAGCAGCAACAUCAACUACAGCAGCAGCAGCAACAGCAUCACCCGCCACCUCCACCGCCCCUAACAUCGGAUAGCAGUGCUCCGCUGUCCUCCACGGCCACCCCCUCCAGUUCCUACAUAAUUGGCAAUAGAUUUUUCGGACCGGACUUCAACAUGGACCAGUACAAAGGUUUCUUCUCGGUUGUAGACAUGACAGCAGACAGCACCGACCGCUCGCCGCGCACACCGAAAACCCCAUCGACCCGGUCCGUCAAUUCUGCCGAGGAAAAGGGCCACCGAAAAAUCCUCGAACAACGCCGCAACCUGGUGAUGCAACUGUUCCAAGAACAUGGCAUAUUUCCGUCGUCACAGGCGACCAACAACUUUCAGCUGGCGCACAGCGAUAUCUUUCCAAACAAGCAAAGCUUGCAGCUGAAAAUUCGUGAGGUUCGCCAAAAGUGUAUGGCUCAACAGCCCGGUUUUACACCCCAUUCGGCUGGGCCGAUGACGCCGACCGAUCUUGGUGCUGGAACAACAUCCGAACAAACCCAGCAAACACUACAGAGUUUACAACAACAACAGCAGCAACAACAACAGCAGCAUCAGCAACAACAACAACAACAGCAGCAGCCACAGGAAUAACCAGAAAAAGGCCACCGGUAUCCGUGAAAAUAAUACAGCAGGUUAAUACUAGAGAGAUACGUUCCCUUGUGAUGUCAACCUAAAGUCGCUUUUAUCUGCAGCAUUUCAGUAUCCGCACCAGCAUGGCAACAGUAGAGAUUACGCCGAAAACAAUAGAACACUUAUCAAUGCUAUGACACACUAUUCAAUAGCCUAAACGAUAAACUGGAAAAUUCAAACAAUCAACAUAAAAUAACGACAUAGCUAAAAACGAACUCUUAAUUUCAAAUAACUCUUACAAUAAACCAAAAAAUAUUAAUAGAAAAAAAAAACAAUAGUUCAUACGAAACAAUAACACAAAGUAAAUAACCAGUAAUCACACCUGCUUUACCAACUCGCAAGCCUGUCCCUCUUUUGCACUGCUCCACUGGCUUGAAAAAGUCCUCAUCUGUUUCGUCGUCAACCCAACCGAGAGCACUGCAAUGACGCCCUAGAGGGCUCUCUCUCUCUCUCUCUAAUCUGACUAUAAAAAUGCAUCCAUCGAAACACAAAACCUUAACAAUAGAAAAACCUGCCCAGCACAACGCCCUAACAUACGUACGAAUUUCUUGAUGCGGAUGUGCCACCGCGCCGCCGCCAGGUUUGAGCAACUCUCCUGCCCGGACGAGAGUGCAAGACAAAAAAAAACCCAACCAGUCUCUUAAAUUUAAAAUUUUAGAGGUUAAAUAAUAAUGAAAAGCGUCACGUGAAAUUAAAUUUAUUAGGAUCCAUUAUGCCACUCAAAAAAAAAAAAAACGCGCGCAUAAUGAGCAUCUAGUGAUCUUAGUUCGUAAGUAAGCUUCCGCCAGAGAAAAGCUAGACAGGCGUGGAGAGCAAGAAAAAAAAACACGCAAGUGUUUUAUUUAAGAAGAUGAUAUAAUAUUGAAACAAAUUGUACAUACUAUGGCAAAGUUAAUAAAUGUAAUUUGUCCUUGAGGGGAAGUUAGAAACAUCAGUUUGUAGAAAGUACAAGAUUUAUAAAACAAAUUUUACUGUGAGUUGUAAUGUUGGCAAAAUCAAUCGGAACACUUUCUGUAACGAAGAAAAAAAAAGCUCGACACGACGAAGCGUUUUCCACCUCUUCAUCACACCACGCCCCCCUGCUAUAGAUUCUCCGGUUCGACAACUAGUGGAAAACCGCAAUCAUUCUCUCUACUUUUCCAACCAUCCUCACACCUCAAACGACACACACACGCCAUUUUUAAGAUUCCAUCGAAAGUUUUCGUGCUAAAGCCAAAAAAAAAAAUCCCUACUAUCUCAUACCGUAGCACCUGUAGAGUACCUUUUUAGUGAACGAAAACCUUCAACCAUUCCCCGAAACCAUUUAGUGUAACCAUUGGAAACGACAGAUGUGUUUAAUCACCGCAUUUCAACAGACUCACAGACAAUUAACAUCCUCAGAUAUCGAACCUGUUGCGCACCCCGCCUCCCUUCUAGGAGUGGUAGUCAACUUCCGAAAAAAAGGCCGUUAAGGUUUAUGCAUAAUCGAGCAAAUGCUUCGCCAAAUUAAGCGACGAAGUAUUACCGUAAAGAAAAUGAAAACCAAUAUGGCGUCUAAGUCGCCUAGAAAAAAUAAAAGCAAAACGAAAUUUGAACGCGCCACGAAUAAAAAAAAAAACAUUUAACUAAAGGAAAUAAAAUAUUACAGUUUAUACACACACACGCCAACGCCCAUUUUAAUUUCAGUGAAUGUUGUCUUUGAGGAUGUAGUUGAGCAAAUUAGCUAUAGAGAAAUGGAAACCGAUUUUGUGUGGAAAACCCGGUGUGCUAAACACGGUUCAACACAACGGUGUUCACAUAAAGUUGCAGCAAUUGUAUGAACUUUUGGGGAAACAGCAAAUCCAAAUUUCACAUACACAGAUACAUAGAAGAGAAGCAGUAAACAAACGAGUCUAGAAAAUGGUUAAGGAUCAUAUUGUAAAAAAAAAAACAAACAAAACGAUUGGACGUUUCAAAAAAUAAAUGUAAAAGUGAACAAAAAAAAAA